AUGGCGUCCAUGGUCGGGAAGUUUGCUGCCAAAAAGCUCAUGGCUGGGCAGCUCGAGAAACAUAAGAAGAAAGAUGCCGCAGGUCCAUAUGACCCAUACUACGCUCGCAUCGAAAACCGAAAGCGACCGGGGCGCUUCAAGAAAGUCAAGAAGCAAAUCCCCGACUAUAUUCCAGAAAACGAUGCCAGGAUCCUCGCCAAAACCCGUCGCCGCGCAUAUCUCCUCGAUUGCUGCCUGUUCAACAUCUUUGGCAUCCGCUUCGGAUGGAGCUCCGUCAUCGGCAUCAUCCCGGCGAUCGGCGACGCCUUCGAGGUCAUCCUCGCCCUGAUGCUGUUCAAAGCCUGUCUCGGUGUCAAAGGCGGUCUGACCAACGCCACGAAAGCGCACAUGCUCUUCAACAUCAUCGUGGACUUCGGCGUCGGCCUUAUCCCUUUCGUCGGUGACCUCGCCGACGCCGCGUACAAGUGCAACUCCAAGAACGUGCGCCUCUUGGAAGAGCACCUCGACAAGAAAUACAAGCCGGACACCGUGCGCAAGCGGCAUAAGGAGCAGGCGCGCCUGUCGGGCUUGGUGGAGUAUCCUCCGGCCACGGAAUUCGAGGACUUCGAGGACGAGGAGGAAGAGCGGCGCGCUGCCAUGACCGCCGGCAACCGGGAGGAAAGUCCCGCCCGCCAGGAACCGCGGCGGCCGGACCCAGCCCGCGUGUCGAAGCCCGCGCGUGGCGAGCCGCAGAGAAGUGGGACGAGUCGGUGGAUGGGCGGCGGCGAUCGGACCCGGCCGUCAAAUACCGAGAUGCAAGAGACUGGGACUCGUCCAGCACGAUAG